AUGAGCACAACCUCGCUGAUCAGCCACCCUUGCACCAUCUGCCAGCUGCCGACUACUAUGUGGUGCAGUCGCUGCCAGAACGCCUGGUACUGCUCGCCUGAUCAUCUGCAAACUGACUGGCCGCGGCAUCGCCAGGAAUGCAUUCCUGCGAACCCAUCACUGCAGUCAAACGUCAUAGCGACACCACCCGCAGUGCAGCAACAGCUCAUCCCGGUAACUGGCAUCUUGUUCGCGCCGGAGGACGAGCGAUCUCGCUUAAUCACCGUGCAGUGCCGUCCGCAAGGCACGCCUUCUCAGGGAAUGUGUCCGUUGCCGCUUGUUCAGGACUUCUUCUCUGAGAGCGUACCAAGCACGAUCAUCCUAACGCAGGGCCUCAACGGCGAGCCCUUGAGAUUCCCGUUACAUAUCUGGUAUUGCCCCAAGGCGUUGCAGAGGGGUUCUCCGGUGAAUCGCGCGAUUUACCGCAUCACUUCCGGAGCCGCAGCGAAGCCUUGGUGCGGUACCGUGAUCGUUCUAAAGUUCAAUGGCUCGCGUAGACAAGGCUAUUCCGAUGCCGGAGCGAAUGAUCUACCCGCACUCUCGGCAUAUUUCCUUGCAUACAAGUAG